AUGAAGUUCUCGCCCUUCCUCUUCAUCCUCAUUCUUCUCCACGCUGUCACUCUUGUGGCUAGCGCUGAAGAAGACGGCGAGGCGAAUUUGGUCAAGCGAGCGAGAACUAAGGAGAGACACAGGAAGCAGCUUGUCGACCACUGGUUUGCCAACCACCCCUCGCAGGACGGGGAGUCGGAAGACCCUCCCCCGACAUAUUCGUCCUCAGGAGAGUCUGAGGAAUGGAUGUUGGAACACCCUUCCUCGACAUACCCCCCUUCAUCAGAGUUUGCUGAGGAGUGGAAGCCAGAAGAUGCUCCCUCGACAUAUUCAUCUUCAGCAGAGUCUGAAGACCGGAAGUCUCGAGGAACAUCACGAGCACGCUUCGUUGACCGCGCGGACUCGGUCAUUCCUCUCAAAGGCAGUGACGACGCCUGA